UCUGUGCAGCGUGCUAUAAAUUACAAUAUUUGAGCAUACUAUGAUCUAUAGACUAUAGUGUUCUAACUUCUAUCAUUGAUAAGUAAUUUUUUUUUUACAUUUGUAUAAGUACACUCGAUAGUAUAAUUAAAAGGUCUUAUUUUGUUUUAUAACAUUACCUUUUUAAAACCAUGCCGUUUAUGAAAGGUGCCGCUCCAAUAAGGAGGACUAUUCAAUACUUGAAUGCUGGAAAAAUAGUAUUUAAAGAACGAGUUAAGAUAUUCUCAAUUCAUUAUAACACAUUAGGCGACAACCAUCUUGGUGCUCGAGAAUUUGUUUUUUGGCAUUUACCUCAAAUCCAGUAUAAGAAUCCCAAUGUUCAAGUACUGACGCUAAAGAAUAUGACGCCAACCCCAUUUAUUAGAUGCUAUUUAAAUGACGGCAAUGAUGUGCUAAUAGACGUAGACGAUCGAGACAAAGACAAAAUCCAUGAUCAUGUCUUACGAGUUCUUGGCAAAGACAAAGAUACUCUAGAUAUGGAAGCUACAGCUCGUGAAAAAAAAGAUAACCCUGCUAAUUUUGGUUAUAUGUGUGAUAAGCAUUGCAUGUGUGAAAUUUUUGGGCAGGUUCCUUGUCCAGCUGUUGUGCCUUUACCAAAGCCUUGGAGAGGCAAAUAUAAAUAUGAGCAAGCCUAAGUCUUACUUCUAGAAAUUGUAUGUAAAUAUUAUGUUAAUAAACUAAGAUACAUUUAGUCGCUAUUUAAAAUAAAUAUAGACAUUUUCUAUUGCUAA